GACUUUUGCCUCCCGACGAGCCCCUCCAAGCCGCCGGCACCAGCCUUUGAGAAACCGUUAAGAUCCUUGAUUUUAUCCUUCUUUUCUUGUUCAAGAACAAGAUUUAAGCUUGGAAACUUUCCCCCCCUACGCAGAAUCCCGGAUCUGCUCUGCUCCUUCCUUCCUCACCGCCGACUGCUCUUGGUUGUGGGUGCAAAUUUCUGGGCUUUUUCGAUUUCCCGAAUUUCCCCCUGAAUUUUCUGCACUUCCCGCCGGCUCCUCCCCAAACUGCAGCUCCAGUUUUUCUUUUUAAAUUUUGGUUCGUGAUUGUUCUGUCACCCGAGUACUUGGCUUGAGUUCCGGAUUUGAGGUAAGUAAAUUUAUGGUAAUGCCCGUACAGUUUUUAAAAGUAUGUUUUGACUUAUUUUGAAAUGGUGGCGGGACUAAACCUGUUUUACACAUAUAUGAGCAUGACUGAUUUGAAAUGAAAUUAUUAUGUUUUCCAUUGAAUUGAGCAUGCCUACUUGAAAUUUAAUUGAUUGUCCUGAUGAUUUGAAAGUGAUUGGUGAAUUAUGAUUUUUCUGUUAACUUCUGCCUAUUUUGUCUCCAAUGUGGUCAUGUUAUUAAUGACCCUGCUAGUGGGGGUUAAACGCUAGCACAUGUCGACAUGUUAUUGAUAGAACCGGUUCGUUCGAGUGAUCCUGCCAGUGGGGGUUAUACAUCAGCAAAUAGUGUAGCCUGCCAGUGGGAGGUUUAUAACACUGGCCAUGACUUAUAGAGGAGACGUUUAUUUCAUUCCCAUACUGUAUCCGUUUUUCGUAAUUACACUUGUUAGCAUGCUAUAAGUUUAAUAAGGGGCACUCCAUAUUUUACUUACUGAAAUAUUUUAUCUCAUAGUUUUUCCUUAUCCACCAUUUCAGGAAGCGAAACCGAGAAUGGGGAAACCACGGGAAGUGACAAGUUAAAAGGCUAGCCAUUUUGUAAAUUGAAUAUGGAUUUUAGAUAUAGAUCAUAAUCUUGUAAGCAAGAUUUUAAUUGAAGAUUUUAUAAAUUCAUUUAAUGGAU